AUGCGUCAUGCUAUGGAUGUGAUGAUCAUGCUUGACACACUUGCAUAUGACUCAAGGUUGGAUCUCAGCCAUCUUUUACCUGUAAGAAAGAGAAAUACUGUACUAUCUAUACUAGAUACCCUGCAGCCUUCUAUUAAGCAAUUAAACCUGGAGCCUGCAUCCAUUGAUCUAUUUGACUGGAUCAAUAGUAGAACAGCACCAGACGAUUUACGGAUACCUCUGUUUCUACUCCAGUUGAUCAUGAUCAACAACGACUCCAAAGAGUACACUGCCAACCUUUUUGUUCAGUUGAUAACCAGGCUAAAUUGUGCUAAAGAUUUAGUAUUGAAACUGAUACCUACUGCAGAAUCCAAAUGGCCAGGCAUAUUUCAAAUCGCCUUGGAAAACAUCUUUUCAAAGACAAUCGCUAUUCACAUCGCCAAUACUACACAAAUUGAAAAGAUUCUGGGCAAUUUAGCCGCGCUUUAUGAAGACAGCCAAAAAGAACCAGGCUAUCAAGCCUUUCAUACAUACAUCAACUCACAUUCUCGUCAAGUUCUUCUCGUCUUUAUCAACCAUCCUUCGGCAGCGUGCCGGGUGAUGGGAUACCGUGUAUUGAAUAAUUCAAAAUUUUAUCAGCAGAUGAAUCCACAAGAUCAAGAGCAUCUGAGUCAGCUACUGGUAGAUGCUUGGUUCAGGCACUUGAAAGGAAGAUAUUUUGGACAAGAGAGCAAAGAUUUACUUGAUAUACAAAAAAAAAAAAAAAAGCAUAUUGUCAAUUGCUGUCAAAACAUAGCAUUUGGCAAAGCCAUUCUAUCUGUAGUUGUCGAAUAUAUCUUGAAUGGCGCACUUGAAAUAUUUCCAACAAUAGACGUAGACACUUUGCAACAACAACAAUCUUCCUUAUUUGAUAGAAUUCAUAGUAAAGAACAUGCUACUUCUCAGUCACAGGCAAAGAAGCCUCCAAAGUUUGUUACCCUUGUAGACAUUUUGAAACAGGACAUAGAUAAACGCGACAAAAUCUAUAUGGAUAACAUUGAACAGACUGCUUCAUUAUUUGACAAGUUUAAGGAUUGCGUCUCUUCAGAGCAAUACAGUGACAUUCACCACCACAUAUUGUUCUUUUUGUCAUCCAAAUGGUCACCCUCAUCAGCUCCCAUGGCAGCCUAUGAUGAUGCACUACCCAGAAAUAUUCCUUAUCCAUGGGACAUUACUAUCGGCAAUGCGUUCAAGGACCACCCGGCUCUAUUUCCCAUAUUCGAGAAAUGUAUUCAGGUAGUCAAGCCUGCCACAACAAAUGAUAUCAUUCGAAGCAUUCUAGUUUACUUUAUCGUCUUUUGGAACAUGAAAGAAGUAGUUACCGUUCCAACUACGUUGACAUAUGCCACUCAAUUAGAAGAGACUAUCCGACUUGUGCUGUUGUUGAAACCGAGCCUCCCUCAAGUGCUUGUAAAUUCUUAUCGUCUAUUCCCCUUUCUGUCAGCCAAAGAGCUGGGCGAUCUGUUAUAUCAAGUCAUUUGGUCCUAUGUUCGUCAUUCUACUAAUAUUCCUGGUAUUCACAAGACAGAAGAUAAGCAAUUGGUGGAAAAGUGCAAGGAAACGAUGUUGUCAAUCUGCCAACAUAGACUCAAGAUAUUAGAAAAAACACCUUCAUGGCAUCAAGCUUUACAACAAACAAUAAUAAACUUUAUUGAUUAA